AUGAGUAAAUACAAAAUAAAGUUUCGAAUAUUAGAAACUAACUCAGGUACAUUGUACUAAAUUGAAGAAGAAAAUGGAUAAAAUAAAUAAAAUUUUUACGCUUUUGAUUUAUCACCAGAUUUUCAAGAAUGGUCACUUAAAAUGGAGGAAAAAUUAUCAAAUUGCAAUACUGUUAGACAGCAUGUCAAAUAAAUUAAUUAUCAAAAUUAAAGAUAUAUUCUGUUUACAUAUUUAGAAGGUAUAACAUUAGAUAGAUAAAUAUCUAAUUUCAGAGGAAAAAAAGAAUCGAUUAAGUUAGAUAUAUUAAAAAAUUACUUAACAUAGAGUCUUGAAACAUUAUAUUAAAUUCAUAAUUAAUAUAUUUUAGGUAGAGUUUUCUCAACCAAAAAUAUUUUAGAUUGUGAUGGUUAAAUUCUAUUCUUGGACUUUGGAUUUGGUCCAAAAAUGUUAACAUAAAACAUUGAUUUAAUAUUUCCACCAGAAAUAAUUGAGAAAUAUGUAGAAAAAUGUAAGUAUUUUUUUUUAUUAGGUCAGAAUAAUAUGAUUAUUAUUACGAUAUUAAAAUUGAUUCUUGGUUAUUAGGAGCAAUGUUGUUUCAUUUAGUUAAAUUAAAACCUAUAAAUGCAGUAUAAUUGAUUGAAAAUAAAGUUAAAAUAAUGUCAUACAAUGACAUAAACGAAUAUUGGUUGUAUUUAAAAAAAUAGAUGGAAAGAUCUAAUCAUAUCGAUGCAUUUACUGAAAGAUAUCCUAAAGAAUUAUGUUAAUUUAUUCAAGGACUUUUAACAUACAAUCCAAUAAAUAGACUCUCUUUUCAUUAAAUUUAUAAAAAUGAUUUCAUUAAAAGCUUAAAUCUCCCUAAAUAUGAAGAAUACUUAUAAUUUUAUGAGAAUUAUAAUGAAAAAAAGUUGGAUGAAGAAAUAAAAACUAACGAAAUUAGUGCUUCUGUAAUUAUAAUGACAAAAGAUCUUUAGAUUGAAUAACAUAAAGAGCGAUCUAAUCAAAAUGUUCAAACACCAUAAACUUCAUGUGUGUAAGAAUAUAAUAAGAUUUUAUUAUUCCAAAUCUAGAUAUUGCAAGUAAAAUUGUCGAUGUUACAUAUACAAUUCCUAAUACUUCUUAAAGAUUAGCAGAUGAUUUUUUUGGAAGCAAUUAAGAUAAUAUUGAAAAUUUCUUUUGUUAUUAAAUAUAGGGUCAAUAUGUAUUUAUAAAAUCUAUUAAUAGGAAUCUAAAUUUUAUGUAAUUUGGUCACACAUAAAAAUGGAAUUAUUUAGAUAAACAUUUUUAGAGAAAAUUUCAGAAGAAUUUGCAGAAGAAUUGAAAAAAAAAAAUUUUUAAUUAGAAAAUGUUUUAGUUUAUUUUUUAAGGAAAAUGGGUUAUUUAAUUUUAGUUGAAUUAUUAAAGAAAAUAAACUAAGAUGUUUGUCCUUGGAAAUGCGCACAAGAAGUAUAACAAAAAUGGAAGGAUUUUAAAAUAGAAGAUUCAAAAAAGCUUUUAGAAAACUCUAUUAAAUCAACAAUUAAUAAAUUAGAACCUAUUUUAAAGGAAACAUUUAUUAAACAUUGUCAAAUUUAUUAAACAGAAGAGAAAAUUGAGGAAGUUAUUAGAAAUCAAUUAAAAGCAGAUCAAAAUUGUUUUUUAAGUUAAAAAAUUGAUGGUGAUUCAAUAUUUAAUUGUAGUUCUGAAGAUUUUUUGAGAAAUGGAUAUAGAUAAUUUAUAUAAAUAACUUCUAAGUUUUUGGAAAGAGAAAAGAAACUUAACUAAUAGCCUUCAUUAAAAUAUAAUACUUUAUUGUUAAAAAUUCUUAUAUGUCAUUUAAUCAACCGAAUAUUUAAUCUGAAUAAUGUUAAAAUUAAUUUCGAGAAUCUAUUGAAAGACAGGAAAACUUUAGAUUUUCUAACUCCUCAUGAGAUAUAUCAAUAUAUAUGCCGAGAUGAUGAAACAAAAAAAGAUGAUGAUAUUAAACAUAUAUUUAAUGUCAAUUUUAAAAAUGAAUGA